UACACCGUGGAUGUUGAUGUGCUGUUUAAAGAUUCAGUGGUUAAAUUACUCAAUGACCUUUGUAAUGAAAACUCACUUAGACCUCAAGAUUGUGGUGUAGAACAGUAAGUCCAUGUACUUUGUCACAUAUAUGUCAGUAAGACGUUGUCACAAAAGGGCCGCGGUUUCAAACACAUCAAAUAAACAUAUAUGGCAUAAUAAAUAGUUUUAAUUGUGAUUCUAUGACGUCACAAAUGUAACACCAAUAAGCAUGCCUGGCUGCACUUUAAAAAAAAUCAUUGUUAAAACUGUUUUCGAUUGGGUAGGGAAGAUGUAAAGGUAAAUACUAGGUUCAAUUGGGAAUAGUUUGUGGUAAGGGCAUAAGACUUUUAAUGGCAUGAAUUCAUUAUAUAUAUAUAUAUAUAUAUAUAUAUAUAUAUAUAUAUAUAUAUAUAUAUAUAUAUAUAUAUAUAUAUAUAUAUAUAUACAUAUAUAUAUAUUAGGAUUCAUAAUACAAAUACAUGAACUGAUUUCACCGAGAAUAAUUGUCAACCAUGCAUUUCGUAUUAUGUCCAUACAGAAACCAGUUAUUGUUCAGUGAAUUAAACGUUAAACGGCUGCGAAAUUACCCCAGUAAUCAAGGAGAUGACGCCAUUAUCCAGUUCUACGUCGAUUAUCCAAGCAUUGUAAGGAAUGCCACUGUUGAUCAAGCUAUCGUAGCAUCUAUUAUGUCUGCCAAACUUCAGAAGUUUCGAGACCUAACUGGUUUCAGUAUUACAAUCGACACUCCUGUUACACCUCCAAGUCCAGGUACUCCGACGGCCACUCAGAGUGCAAACGCAGUACAGCUUCUAAUACUCAGUUUUUCAACAAGACAGGUAACUAUGCUGUUGUAGUGUAUACUAGGAGUCCAAACCAAAAUAGUAGAUAGCAGAUGACAUAGUAUCUUUACAUUAGCACAUAGCGAUUUGUCAGCCUAGCUAGUUAUAAUUAGUAACUUGACUAGUCUAGGACCUGUAUAGAUGUUUGUAUCCGUUUCAUUUAGCAAAGGUAAUCUCACCUGUUUUAGGGUAAAAUGACCAUGGCGAUCAACAUGGCAUAUGUACCAAAACCUGAAACGACACUGCCGACAUAGCUCUAACUUCCGAAAACAAAAACGACAACCUUUUUGAAGUGCUUAUAGUGUUUAGAAGGGUUGCUGUUAGGGUUGGUUAUUGGAAGGAAAAAUUUGAAAAAAUAAUAAGCAAAAAAAAAAAAAAAUGACCAUGACCAUGACAAGAAAAUGACCAUGCACCACCCCAGGUAAAUUGCUAAUUAUGCAUAAAAUAACUAAUAUGCCUGGCAGAAAUUAAAUGUUCUUAUUUCCUAAAAAAAAUUAUCAUGGGAUGAAAAUCUAUGCUUAAUUUAAUAUAAAUAUUGUAGUUUUCAUAAGGAUUGUCAUUGUUUUCUUUAAAUACAAUACAUUUUGUUUCACUCACCCCACGAAAACACGAUUUCAGCCAUAUUUUGCCGUCUUGUUUGCUUUUUAUCGCCGAGUCUCGCAAAUAUCAUCCAGUUGUUGUACUUUUACAUAGUGAUAAUUGGCUAAAGAAGAUUUCAACCAAGUUUCAUCAAGUUUUGAAACAGUGCAGUGUAUUUUAUCUUCGAUAUUGUGCCCUUCGAUAUAUUUCGUCAAAUUGCCGCCAUUAUAAUGGCUCGCUGCUUCUCUGCCCGAUAAAUGCCACUUCUUCGUUUUCAUAUGUAUUUAGAUUACUGUAUCCAACAGUACUUCAUUGUAAAAUAGUCCUAAUCGAAAAAUUGAAAACAUUAGUUGAAGUUGAAAGGAAAAAACCUCCCAUAACCCAUUUAGGUUCAAAAUAAAAAACAAAUAAUUUGAAAGUCUAUAUAUAUGGAAAAGCAUGUAAAAGAUUAUACUCUCUGCGUAUACUGCGUAAAGCAGGUGUUGAAACAAACAAGAUGUUGAAGGUCUAUUCUGUGAUUAUAAGACCGAUACUGGAAUAUGCGGUGCUGGUUUGACAAGCUAUACCGGAGUAUCUCUCACACAAAAUUGAGUCUGUCCAGAGAAGAGCUCUAAAAAUGAUUAAACCUGGAGAAGAGACCUAUGACGAACUUUUACGAAUGUUCAACGUGGAGAAAUUACAGGCAAGAAGUGAAAAAUUAUGUAAACAAUAUAUGGAUAAAAUUAAAACUCCACUUGACACUUGACAAAACAUUCGACACUUGACACCAGGGGCGGCGGAACAGGGGGGGGGGCUAAAGCCCCCCCCCCCAGAAGUAAAAGUGGGGGGGGGCUUAGGCCCCCCAGAAAAUUUGAAUUUUUUGAAAAAAUUUUGAUAAUUACGGAAAAAUUUAGGUUAUUUUUUGAAAAUUUAGGUAUGAGGGGACAAAUUUGCAAUAUUUUGUUUAAUUAAAAAAAGUCUAUUUCGGAAAAAAAUUUUAGAUAUAAGUCCGAAAAAAAUUUUUUCGUCCCUUUUUUUGUAUAUUUUCCCCCAAAAUGGUACACUGACCGAAAUUAUUUUGGCGACGGGGGGGGGGGGACGGGGGGGGGAGUUCGCCGAAAUAAUUUAGCCCCCCCCAGAAUGAAAUCUGUUCCGCCGCCGCUGCUUGACACUUGACAAAAAAACACUUGACACUUGACAAAACAUUCGACGCUCUCAUUCAACUCUAUAUGGUCCUCCGUUCAGAGUAAACUUCCCAAGAAUAUAUUUAAUUUUACUAUCCGGUAUAUAAAUAACACUCUUCCGACUAGCAAAAACCUUCAGAAAUGGGGAAUAUCACCAACAUCCGAAUGUUCGUUCUGUUUGAAUCCCGAAUCACUUGUCCACGUCGUCGCUGGAUGCAAGACCUACCUAAAUGAAGGACGUUUCACGUGGCGUCAUGAUUCGGUGCUUAAUUUCAUAGCAUCCAUACUAAAAUCUGUGAAUUAUUCUAACCUUUAUGCUGACCUUCCUGGCUAUAUCAGUCCAUCUGUUCUCACCGGAGAUGAAUUACGCCCUGAUCUUUUGAUAACACUUGAAAACAAAUAUAUUUAUAUACUUGAACUUACGGUCGGAUUCGAAUCUAAUCUCCUCACUAAUGCAACUCGAAAAAGACAAAAAUAUCAAGAUCUAAUUAAUGAACAGCUCAAAAAUUAUGAAAAAGUAAAAUUUGUAAAUUUAUCGAUUAGUUCAUUAGGAGUUUUCAGUCAUUCGUCUCUAGAUUUCACCGAAAUGCUAAAAGAUCUAAAGUUUGAUGAACAAUGUAGAAAGUACUAUGUUCGGAAAAUUAUUAACAUAUGUAUCAGGUCCUCGUAUUAUAUAUUCUGUAAGCGUAACAAAGAAUGGAAUAACCCACAACUAAUGUCAUACUAA